AUGUUCAAGAGUCAGAUGACUCAUUACAACUCCAAGAAGCAAGCUGAUACAGCUAAGAAAAUUUUGGAAAGACUUUCUGAGUUUAAAUCAAAAAUAUUCUACUUGAGUGAUAUUUUUAAAACAGUGAAUUUGCUUAACUUAGAGCUGCAAGAAAGCAUUGCUGCAUGCAUUGCCCAUCUUGAAGGUCUUCAUGGAGAGUUUGAAAGAAGAUACAAUGAUUUAUUAAAGAUGGACUAUCCAAUCUGGUAUGUAGACCUAGAAAAUUAUGAGCCAAGAGAUGAAAAUUUUGAGUUGGCUGAAAUGUUGUUGGAUUUGAAAGAGAAUAUGAAACUGAGAAGAAGAGUUGAAAAAGAAGGUGUCUUUGCCUACAUAUUGAUAAAGGAAUCACAUCCAAAUAUUUUUCGACAUGUAGAAGCAAGCAUCAUUUCUUUCCCUACCAUAUGGAUGGUGGAAUCUGCAUUUUCAGCUGUUGUAGAUAUUUUAAGUAGAAAAGGAAAUAAAUUAGAUGUCAACAGCAGAGUAACUAUCAGACUAAGACUAAAUGAGUUCAUUAAAAUUGAUUAUGAUAUCUUUUGUCAGAAACACCAAUAUCAAGCUAAUCACUAG